AGAGAAACAAAUUAUAAGACCAAAGGAAAAGCAAAUGGAAAAAAAUGCUUUAACAAUGGAAAAUGCUUCAAGUAAAAUUCUAGAUUCACAUGCAAGAGCCCAUCUUCGAAUGAAAGCUUGUCACACUCUUCCCAGAUAUGCCUGGCAGGAAACUCCUCAUGACUUUGAUGAGGAUGGCAGUCUUCCAAAGAAAAUGGAAGAACUCUUUGAAAAUGUGGAACCACAGAAGAAAUACAGCCAUUCUCCAAAGCAGAAUAAAUUGCAGAAGCUUUGCCAUCAGCAGUUUGAAUACAGAGAUGGGCAAAUUAUAUGCCAUGCUGCUCCUCAGCUGGUUUUGGGAGUGCGAGGUCCUGACCUGCGUUCAGGCAUGGAGGUAGUUUUGGUGGAGAAAAAAAUGGAUGAUAGUCAUCAACGAUGGAUGCACAAGGAAGACAGCAGGACCUUUCACCUAGUGAGUAACCUAGACCUUGUGCUGGCAGUGUCUAUGACCAAAGCAAGAAAUGAAGUCUGUGGCUAUCCAGUUAUUGUUCAGAAAUAUAAACCAUAUAAUAAUGGGACUUCCAAUCAAAAGUGGAAUUACAUCGAAACUAUCAAAGCUUUUAUGGCCUUUCAUAGCACUUCACUAGAUAAGGAAGUCACAGCAGCAAAUUAUGCUGGUAUUUGUACAUCCUCCGUGAUUAAAGAGGAAAACAUUGAUCAACCAGGAUACUAUUAUCUCUCACCCACUGGUAAGAAGAAAAUUGUGCUCUGCUUAGCAUGUGGACAAUCCAUGAGAGGAGAGAAGAAACUGAAACAGUCACUUCCAGGGAUGCCAUUCCUCUGUGCCUCUGGCUCCAAGACCCAGAAGCCCUUCUCACGAGGGCCCUUCAAGGUCAUCAGUUUGGCAAAGGCUGAUUUAUCUUCUUAUGAGGCUGAGAAAACGCUAAGUUAUUAUGAAGAACGUCUGUUAUCUUUACGGAUGAGGACUUGCACGCGUGUUAUAUCUCAUAUUGGUGUAGCAGCUAUGCACCAGAAGGCAGUGAAAAUAAUUGCAUACAAAAAUGGAGAUGGAUAUCGAAAUGGGAAGUUAAUUGUGGCUGGAACAUUCCCCACACUUCUUACAGAAUGCACGGAGCAGCUGGGUCUUGCCAGAGCAGCCUCCAAAGUAUAUACCAAAGAUGGGACCACAAUCCUUUCCUUACGUGAUUUGGUUUUAUGGGCUCUGGAUGAAUCUUUUAUCCAGAGAAACACUGAGGAGCAAAAGGAGCAAAAGGCAGCCGCUAUGGGAACAAAAGAAACAACUAUUAAAAAAAACCCAAGAAUGAAAGAGAAAACCAAAUUAUUUCCAAAGUCUGUGACAUCUGAUACUUUGGAUGGUGUAGAUGAAUCUUUGCUCACUCUCAUCCUCAGAAAUCCCAUUGCCAUUUGGGUAUCAUGUGGUGAACCAUUUCUAUCCCCAAGUGCUUUGCAGAAAGCAGAAAAAUUAGAAAAACAGAACUGGCUAAAAAGGGACAAAAUUUUGGCUGAUCUAGACACCAUGAAACACAAAAUGAGACAGUUAAAAGGGCGGCGAGUAGCAGCAUGUCAGCCGGCCUCCAUGGUUCCCAACAAAAAUCCUGCGCAGCCGGUGGUGGUGGAAGGAGGCUGGACUGAUCAGACUCAAGAGGAAAUUAAACUCAUGGAACUCAUAAGACAUACAGAGGCACACCUUUCUGCAGUUCAGGAACUGCAAUCCAAAAGAAAUUCUACAGUUGAAACUAAACGUGUGGCACUGGGGCAGAGCAGCCUGUAUAAGCAGCCCAAUACAAAACGAGUCUGGAUUUAUCCAAAUGGAGGCAGACCUGAAGAUGGUACUUAUGCCUGGGGCAAAACUAUUUCAGAGCUGCUGGAUGACUGUUCCUCUCGUCUCAAAAUGGUCCGCCCAGCCAGAACCCUGUACACCCCAGAUGGAGAACCAAUUUACUCGUGGGAUGACAUAGAGCGAGACAUGGUCAUCUGUGUAUCCACAGGACAUGGCUUUAUAACCCAAAAGGAGUUAAAGCAACUGAUGGAGAUCAGAGCAAAUUAUGCCAGAAUCCGAAGGCAGGAGGGCCCUCAAGCCACAAACGUUGUGGUGUCACGGUCUGAAAAGCUGCAAUUUCUGGAGAAUAAUAGGGAACGCUGAGAGGCCCAGCUGUGGCAGCCCCUGAGAGCGGAGACUCCGCAGAGGAGUGGCCUCGAAUGUCCGGAGCCUGCCUGGAAAUCACUGCUUCCUGGCUGCAGAGAAACAGAGCAACUUGGAUUGGAACUUCCAGCUGUCUGUCCUUUUAAUGCACUUGUAUAUAAGAGAAUGACAUUUCCAAACAUACAGAUAACUUUCCGAUCAUUUUAUUACAAGUCAUGUCACAACUAUACUUCAGUUGACCCAGUCAAAACUAACUGUGCUCUGUCAGAAAUGAUGUUAAAAUGCUUUUUUAAAAUUCUC